AUGGAAAGAUUCUCUGUGAAAGUAAUGACGACAGUCUGUGUGGGAAAACCUUCAGCCGUGUUCCAGAUAUUGCUGUGUGGAGAGAGCCCCUAUGCAUGUAAGGAAUGUGGGAAAGCAUUUAUUUGGCCCUUACCCAUCUUUAUACAUAGACAAAUUCACAGUAUAGCAAAAUCCAGAGAAUGUAAGGAAUGUGGGAAAGCAUUUAGUCAGUCUUCAAACCUUUCUAUACAUAACAGAAUUCACGGUGGAAAGAGGCCUUAUGAAUGUAAGGCAUGUGGGAAAGCCUUUAGACAUUCCUCAAAACUCACGGAACACAUGCGAGUUCAUAGUGGAGAGAAGCCUUAUGAAUGUAAGGAAUGUGGGAAGGCCUUUAGUUACCCCUCAUUCCUCACUGUUCAUAUGCGAACACACAAUGGAGAGAGGCCUUAUGAAUGUAAGGAAUGUGGGAAAGCCUUUAAACAGGCCUCACACCUCACUUCACAUAUGGUAACUCACAGUGUAGAGAAGCCUUAUGAAUGUAAGGAAUGUGGGAAAGGUUUUACAAAUGCGUCAUACCUCAGUAUACAUAUGCGAAUUCACAGUGGAGUGAGGCCUUAUGAAUGUAAGGAAUGUGGGAAAGGCUUUAUAAAGGCUUCACACCUCACUGUACAUAUGCGAACUCACAGUGGAGAGAAGCCUUAUGAAUGUAAGGAAUGUGGGAAAGCCUUUAGCCAGGCCUCACACCUCACUACACAUAUGGGAACUCACAGUGAAGAGAAGCCUUAUGAAUGUAAGGAAUGUGGGAAAGCCUUUACAAAGGCCUCAUACCUCCCUGUACAUAUGCGAACUCACAGUGAAGAGAAGCCUUACGAAUGUAAGGAAUGUGAGAAAGUGUUUCCAAAGGCCUCCCACCUCACUGCACAUAUGCGAACUCAUAUUGGAGAGAGACCUCAUGAGUGUAAGCAGUGUGGGAAAGGCUUUAGAAAGGCCUCCAAUCUCACAGUACAUAUGCGAACUCACAGUGGAGAGAGGCCUUACCAAUGUAAGGAAUGUGGGAAAGCCUUCACACAGGCCUCAAACCUCACUGUACAUAUGCGAAUUCACAGUGGAGAGAGGCCUUAUCAAUGUAAGGAAUGUAGGAAAGGCUUUACAAAGGUCUCACACCUCACUGUACAUAUGCGAACUCACAGUGGAGAGAAGCCUUAUGAAUGUAAGGAAUGUGGGAAAGCCUUUACAGAGGCCUCACACCUCACUAGACAUAGGCAAACACACACUGGAAAGAGGCCUUAUGAAUCUAAGGAAUGUGGGAAAGCCUUGACAAACGCCUCAUACCUCACUACCCAUAUCAGAAUUUACAGUGGAGAGAGGCCCUAUGAAUGUAAGAAAUGUGAGAAAGCCUUUAGUUAUUCCUCAUCCCUCUCUGUACAUAUGAAAACUCACAAUGGAGAGAGGCCUCAUAAAUGUAAGGAAUGUGGGAAAGCGUUUACAGAGGCCUCACAUCUCACUUCAACAUGGGAACUCACAGUGGAGAGAAGGUUUAUGAAUGUAAGAGCCACGGGCCCUCCUAUCGCCCGGGCGCCGCCGCCGCUUCCCGCGCGCUACCCGCCCGGCGGCCGCAGACGCUUCCUGGACGCCGAGUAG